AUGCAGAAUCAGUGGCAACGAGUGGUGAGUGGCUUAAGAGGAUAUGCAACCUCAACCUUACCAAAGACGAGAGCUUAUAACCCAACUGCUAAUUUCGCAGAGCAACAGAGCAGUAAGAAGCCCAGGGGUGAUUUUGUGCCCGUGUAUGUAGCUGUUGGGAUGAUUACAGUAUCAGUGGCGCUGGGACUCCACACGGCCAAGCAACAGCUCUUCCACAACCCCAACGUCUUUGUGAAGAAGCAGAGGCGGGAGAUGCUGCCGGAGGUAGUGGAGCCUGAUCGUGUGGUAAAGGACGCCGAUGAGUUUGUUAACAAAUCCUUUUUCAGGAAGGUAGCUCAUGUUCAGGACUUUGACAGCCCCGUAGCAUCUGACCCUAUUCUUGGAGAUGUUUAUGCUCAUCGGCCUCGUGCCGUGACUCUGAAAGAUGCAGGAGUAGAUCCUAAAGAGGUCGCAGAAGCACUAGAUCCUCGCUAUCGUGCUAGACCCGGAGAAGACCCGAAACAGGUCGUGGAACAAGAUACUAAAGCAGCAGCUGCUUAA